UUCACUUGUCGUUUCACAUUUUCGCCCCUGGCCUUACAAGUUUUUUCCAGGGCAAUACAACAAAGUAAGCCGGUUUAGAAUCAUGGCGCCGAAUGGCUACAGGAAGAUCACCUCGACCAAUGAAUUCACUGAGAAAGUUGGUUUUGUCUCUAUCCUUUUGUUUCAAUGGAUGAACGAGGUCAUGAAGACAGGCAAUCAACGAGCCUUGGAGGAAAGCGAUUUUGUACCGCUCUCCAAUGUGGACACCUCACAAUCAGUCACAGAUCGUCUCGAGAAGAAAUGGAAAGAAGAAAAAGCUAUAUCCACGAGAAAGGAGAAAAGGCCGAAGCUCUGGAAAAGUGUUUUGAAGAUGCUUUCCCUAAGGGAGGUUGCCUAUGUUUAUCUCCCUGGUGUCCUCUAUGGAAUUGGUUCCCUCGUCACACCACUGCUUAUUGGAUAUCUGAUUUUCAUGUUAAUGUCACCUGGAACGCAUGCGAACCCCAUACUUCACGGUUGUUUCCUUGCGGCAGCCAUGACUAUGAACACAUUGAUCGGCAGCCUUGCCAUGCAACACCACGCUUACGCGUGUGAAAUAUUGGGCAUCAGAUUGAGUAACGCAAUAAAAGGUCUCGUCUACAAAAAGAUCUUACUGCUCAGCAAGAGUACACUGUUAAAGUUUUCAGCAGGACGAGUGGUUGAUCUUAUAUCAAAUGAUAUCCAGCGGAUGGAAACAGUAACUCUUAAGUUUUUUGUAAUGAUGUCAGGCGCACUCCAAAUCGUGGUUGCAACGUUUCUGCUCGCGUAUCUGAUUGGCUGGCACGCUCUAACUGGAGAGUUAUUUCUCUGUCUUCUUGUACCCUAUUACGUCGAGAUGUCCUCUGUCUACGCUGCGCUGCGUCUGCGCUCAGCAGCAGAAGGUGAUCGUCGAAUUUCCUUGACGAACCAAGUGGUUUCUGGGAUACGCGCUAUCAAGGCGCGUGCCUGGGAGGAUGAUUUCAGAGGAAAGAUAAAACAAACGCGAAAACGAGAAAUCAGCAUCAUCCGAAAGAAAAGUGUUAUUCUCUCAGGUUUGGCUGCCUUGGAGUAUACUUCAAUACCUGUCCUGCUGUCCGUUAUUUCUCUGCUACUGACUGGUCAUCAUCUUACUCCUGUCAAUGCUUUUAUGCUUCUAAUGUACAUGAACUUGCUAAGACUUUGUUUUUCCCUUGAUAUUGGAUAUGGUGUAGUGGAGACACAUGAAGCAUAUGUAUCACUCGGCAGGAUAGAAGAGUUUCUCAUCUUAGAAGAUUUGCUAUGUAUCUCGGGAGAUCAGAGUAAAGAAGACAAAGGUAUAGCGCCAGAGGAAAUGUCCGUUAAGUUACAGAGGGAUUUUAGAGUGAUAAAAGAUCAGUCGGAGAAAUCACAGGAAAGCCCUGUUACUGAUCAGAGGGUGAACCCAUCUGAGCCAGGAACUUUAUGCGUGUCCAGUUUAAAGUCUACGGAAAUGAAGAGGAAGGACGACCUUAUCCUUGAAGAUGUGGAAUUCAUUGCUGCAUCAGGAGCCUUGACAGUUGUCACCGGUCGUCAUGGAACUUUUGUGUACGCGCCGCAAGUAGCCUGGGUGUUCUCUGGAACCUUAAGAGAAAAUAUCUUAUUUGGCGAGUCGUACAAUGAAUCAAGAUACACCAGGGUAAUCGAGGCUUGCGCCCUCACGAAAGACUUUCAGCAGUUUCCGAACGGUGAUGAAACUGUUGUUGGUGAGCGCGGUGCCGUUCUUAGUGGUGGUCAGCGUGCAAGAGUAAAUUUAGCACGCGCCGUGUAUGUGGAUGCAGACCUCUACUUGUUGGACGAUCCUCUCAGUGCUGUGGACUUCAAAGUGGGUCGACAUAUCUUUGAAAAGUGUAUCAAGGAUGUGCUUGGUAAAAGGACCCGACUGUUAACUUCUCAUCAAGAGUCACACAUGAUAGAUGCUGACCAAGUGAUAAUGCUGUAUAAAGGGCGCGUACUGGGAAAAGGGACCUUCGUAGAGCUUCAAGAUAAAGGCAUUUUAAAUACCACCAUUUACCCACUGUGCAAAAACACUCUUAUAGAGAAACUGUCCGACAACACCGCAAGGGAUAACGAAGAGAAACUCAGCGGUGUGAUGCCACUUGCUACUGAUAGUAAUGGUCUGGAAAUAUCUGUUGAAGAUCGGGCAAUCGGAACGGUGUCAAGUAAGCUUUACUGGGACUACUUCAGAAGUGGCAUUCACCCCUUUUUGAUCAUUGGAGUUGUUUUUCUGUGUCUUAUUGCUCAAGCAUCGAUGGUUGCCCCCGACGUUUGGCUGUCGUUUUUGACCAGGAAACGUCCUUCAGAACAGAGAGACAAGACGAAUCUAGCUAUCUAUGGCUGUUUUGUCGCUGCCUCUUUCAUAUUAGGCAUCGUAAGAUGCUACAUUUUAUUUUUAGUUUGUCUAAGAUGCUCCGAACGUCUUCAUGACAAAAUGGUUGUGGCUCUUUUACAAGCACCGGUACUUUUCUUUGACUCAAAUCCUGUGGGUAGAAUUCUGAAUCGAUUCUCUAAAGAUGUCGGCUGCAUGGACGAAUUAUUACCGCUACAGUUUCUAUCUACAGUUCAGCUGGUGCUGCUGUUGUUCUCAUCUGUUAUCGUGCCUUCUGUUACGAAUCCUUGGCUUGUGUUUGUCACCAUUCCAGUGACGGCUAUGAUUCUUUACUUCGCAAGAUUUUAUUUGAAGAGUUCCAGGGAGCUGAAAAGGUUGGAAUCAAUGUGCCGAAGCCCAGUGUUUUCUCACAUAUCAGAGACUCUUGAAGGACUGGACACGAUUCGAACAAGAGGCAGACAGAAGGAUUUCAUUGAGAAGUUUUACAGCCACCAAGACACUCAUAUCCAGUCUUUUAUCAUGAUGAUGGCGAGUGGCAGAUGGUUUGGUGUUCGUCUGGAUGCGAUCAUUUCUCUGUUAGUCGGCUUAGUGAUUUUAGUGGCAGUUUUGAUAUCGCAAGACGCCGCCUCCGCCGGACUUGCUCUUGCUUAUGUCAUUCAAACAGUGGCUCUGACACAAUACGCUGUCAGAAAAUCGUCAGAUGUCGAGAAUUUUAUGACGUCAGUUGAACGAGUUAUGGCCUACACCAAACUUGACUCAGAGCCUGGGUACAAAGUGGACAGACCUCCUCCAGAACACUGGCCACGUAAAGGAAAUAUCAUAUUUAACGAUGUGUCGCUAACAUAUUACCCGGGGGGUCCACAAGCACUUAAAAGCAUCAAUCUCGGCAUCAAAGGAGGCUCAAAGAUUGGUGUUGUAGGACGCACGGGCGCCGGGAAAUCGUCUUUUGUUUCCGCUCUGCUGCGCAUGCCUGACCCUGAUGGAGAGAUCCUGGUGGAUGGAAUUCAGAUUAAGGAAAUUAAUCUUCAAGCAGCUCGAGGAUGUAUAUCCUCCCUUGGUCAAACUCCGGUGCUUUUCAGUGGUUCGUUGAGGAAAAACCUGGAUAUUGUGCAGCGCUUCCAAGAUGUAGAUCUAUGGCGAGUGUUAGAGGAUGUGCAGCUGAAAGAUUUCGUGGAAAGUCUUGAGGGACAAUUGGAGUACGAAUUAUUGGAAAAUGGAGCAAACGUCAGCGUGGGAGAACGGCAGUUGAUUUGUUUGGCUCGUGUUCUGUUGCAGCAAAACAAGAUCAUCAUCUUGGAUGAACCCACUGCAUACGUGGAUCCAGGCACAGAAGAAACAAUCUGGAGAGUGGUGCGAGAGAAGCUGAAGGACUCUACGGUAAUAACUGUAGCUCACCGUCUGAACACCAUCCGACACUGCGACAAGGUUAUUGUUUUUAAGGAGGGAGGGGUGGUCGAGUCCGGAACAUUUGACGCCUGAAGACUCAGGUGUUUUCCGUUAGUUUUUAUAACUGAACAUAGUUAGUCAUGAAAGUGGAACUACUUUAUUUUUAAGUUACCUGGGACGGAAACAGACACCUUAGGAAACGUACUAAUUUGCCCGGUCCGGUCGUUAAUCUUGGCUAUGUGGAACCCGGCCUCUCCAAUUGGCCUUAAAAUACUAUGCUUGUAAAUUUGGCAUAUUGUGCCACUAGCAUUGUUUGAUGUUUAUAGCCACGUAAACGGCCGUGAUAGUUGCAAUGAUAAAGUUUUUAACUAUCACGCGCGUUUGAACGCUUACGAGGUAUAUAUAUCUUAUUAGAAGUUUUGUUGUGUAGGA